CUGCGAGUGCAGCUUCUCUUCUGUACAGAUUUGAUGUCGGUGCCAUCUUGAGAACCACAACCCACAGGUUCCAAUCACCAGCGCCCAGAAUCCCAGAUUCGGUGAGGUUGGCAGCUGCCUCUGGAGAUGGUCCAGUCCAACUGUCCUGCUCGGAGCAGAGUCAACCAGAGCUGGUUGAUGAUGAAGGAAAUGAAAAGGCAGCAGUGCAGGAAACCAGGACGCUGCCCAGGCCAUUAGCAGAGAUGGUUUGCGUUGCUCAUGAGCUUGUCAGGAAAUUACUGCUCCGGAAAGCGUGCCUCUGGGCCCGAGGCAGGGCCGGGCUGCUAUAAAAGGCAGCCCAGCUCUCUGCUUUCUCAUCCACUUCUCUCGCCUCCUGCUCCUUGGGAUCCAGGUCACCUCCAUCCCAAAGCCAUGUCCUGCUGCAGCCCCUGCCAGCCCUGCGGCCCGACCCCACUGGCCAACAGCUGCACUGAGCCCUGCUGCAGGCAGUGCCAGGACUCCAACAUCAUCAUCCAGCCCUCCGCUGUGGUGGUGACCCUGCCCGGCCCCAUCCUCAGCUCCUUCCCUCAGAACACCGUUGUGGGCUCCUCCACCUCCGCCGCCGCUGGCAGCAUCCUCAGCAGCCAGGGAGUGCCCAUCUCCUCCGGGGGCUUUGACCUCUCCUGCAUCACCAGCCGCUACUGUGGCAGCAGAUGCCCCUGCUAAAGCUGCCGGCACCCUCCUUGGCCAAGAACCUUCAAGGCCUCGCAACAUGGUGCCGGGCACGAGACUGAGCUUCAGGGCUCUGCUCUCCUCUCUCUCUUUCCUUUGCUGUUGACUUUCCCCUUCUCCCAAGGCCAGCUCUUGCUGGCUGCCUCUGGUGCUCUCUCUGAGACACCCCCUUCUCAUCUUUGGACCCAUUAAAGUCGUGCU